GUCGUAUUGCGAGAAGUCUUCAAGAUGGCUGAUUAUAAACAUCGAUAUUUUCUGCGGAGUUUAAUAUGCUGGUGUUGGUUGUUAUUGAUGGAAACCAGGGCAUUUUAUUUGCCGGGAAUCGCUCCAAUCGACUACGAAAAAGGGAGCAUAUUGGACGUGAAGGCUGUGAAGAUGACAAGCAUAAAAACACAGCUGCCUUACGAUUAUUAUUCAUUACCAUUCUGUGCACCAGAGAAAAAACAGUAUAUUCCAGAAAAUCUAGGCGAAGUGUUAAGAGGAGAUCGAAUUGUGAACACCCCUUACAAGGUGAAAAUGAUGCUGAACAGAUCAUGCACAAUUCUUUGUGAGAAAGUUUGGUCUCAGGAGGAAUCUGAUACUGUGGCUAAGAGAAUCAAGGAAGAUUACUCUGUUCAUAUGCUGAUUGAUAACCUUCCUAUUGCUACAAAAUUCAGAACUUUAGAUAACACCAAUCUGGUCCAAUACGAACAUGGCUUUAAACUUGGCUAUGAAAAAGAUGGAAAAAUUUACAUCAAUAAUCUUCUUCAUAUGAUAAUCAAGUAUCACACGGACGACAAUGAAUCAUUCCGUGUGGUCGGGUUUGAAGCUCAACCUAUGAGCAUUGGAAAUAUAGAAACAAAAACAGUUGAGAAAGAUAUUACUGAAGCUCUAUGUACCUACAAAUUAAACAGUCAAGAAGUUAAACAGAAAGGAGGAAAUACCAUUCGUUUUGCCUACGUCGUGACUUGGGAGCCAAGUGCCAUUGUCUGGGCGUCUCGAUGGGACACAUAUCUUGCAAUGAGCGACGUACAAAUCCAUUGGUUCUCAAUCGUCAACUCUGUCGUUAUUGCAAUAUUCCUCUCGGGUAUCGUCUCCAUGAUUCUUAUACGAACUCUUCGCCGUGACAUUGCUAAGUACAACCAAGAAGAUGAAAUGGACGACACAAUUGAAGAAAGUGGUUGGAAGUUAGUCCACGGCGAUGUCUUCCGUCCUCCAAGAUUCCGUCUUCUUCUAACAGCGUGUGUUGGUUCUGGAGUUCAGCUUUUUGCCAUGGUUUUGAUUACAUUGGUCGUUGCAAUGUUUGGCAUGCUCUCGCCUGCGAGCCGCGGAAGUCUUUUAUCAGCGGUCGUAUUCCUCUUUGUCUUCAUGGGAAUGUUUGCUGGAUAUUUCUCGGCCCGUCUUUAUAAAACGUUGAACGGUCAAAAAUGGAAGCGAGCUGCCCUGGUCACCGGAACUUUGUACCCCGGGGUUAUCGCAAGUCUGGUGUUCAUUUUGAACUUUUUCAUUUGGGGAAAACAUUCUUCUGGAGCGCUUCCAUUCACGACAAUGCUGGCUCUUCUUCUGCUUUGGUUUGGUAUUUCCCUACCCCUGGUAUUCCUAGGAUAUUACUUUGGCUAUAGAAAAUAUCCAUACGAACAUCCUGUACGAACAAACCAAAUACCACGACAAGUCCCCGAGCAAGUUUGGUAUGUCCAUCCUAUACCCAGCAAUCUUAUGGCGGGAAUUCUACCAUUUGGAGCAGUUUUUAUUGAGCUGUUCUUUAUUUUAACGGCAAUCUGGGAAAAUCAAUUCUAUUAUUUGUUCGGCUUUCUAUUUCUUGUUUUUAUUAUUCUCGCAAUGUGCUGUUCUCUCAUCGCCGUCGUAGUUACUUAUUUCCAACUUUGUGCUGAGGAUUAUCACUGGUGGUGGAGGUCGUUUCUCACUUCCUCAUCCUGUUCAUUUUAUGUUCUUGUUUAUGCCAUAUUUUACUACGUCAAUAAGCUUGAGAUCGUGAGUUUCGUCUCUGGCCUGAUAUACUUCGUGUAUACUCUGAUGAUGGUGUUUACGUUUUGGCUUCUGACUGGCACAAUCGGUUUUUAUGCGACCUACUACUUCGUUAGAAAAAUAUACGGCGCUGUGAAAAUCGAUUGAAAUGACACGAAUAUAAGCGAGCAAUAACAUUUGUGAAUAAUAACUAAACCAGGGCAGACUAUUUCGCUUUAAAUAGGUUGAAAACAUGUAGUUUGGGACUGCUUAUGACUUGUAGCAGAGCCCUGAAUGCUUCCAGCCUCGUUAGCUCAAGUUGAGGAAAAGAUUUGAAGAGGCUGGGACCGCUUGGGUCUAUUAAAUGGCUGUCCAGUGAUGGGGAUUUUUUUUCAAUUUUUUUUAAAAUUCUUGCGCCGCUUUCCGUGCAGUAACUGUAAUCAUAUGUGUUUGCAUGUUUUUAUAUUUCUUCGGUGAGGUUUUCAACGCGGGAUUUUUCAUCUUAAAUUGUCAGGAAACUAGCUCGCUCGAAAGCCCGUGCAUGAGUAAAACUUUGGCGAAUAUAAGGUCUUAACAAAAUAGCAAUUAUAUUAAUGUAAUGUUUAUCAUAUUUAAGAAACCCUCCAGGUGAUAUUAAUAUUUUUAUGCAUUGCCCACUCGCGUUGUUUCUGUCGAAACAGGCGUGAAGGGUUUCAUGCUUAAUUCUCGUUAAUUAUUCGAUUAAAACAGUUGAAAUCGCUUCCUGAGACGACAUUUU